GUCUUUCUGCUCGGUCGCAUAAUUUUCAUCCGUCAGCCGCGAUUAGCAGCUUUUCGCGAAAGUCCUGCUGUUUCUAAAGUCGAUUAGUGCGGUCUAAAUUCAUAAUUACCCAGGUCUGAUUUGUUCGCGAUACUUGUGCUUACCGGAACGAGUGAUAGCACGGGUUCAAGUGUCGACUUACUGGUGUUAUAGGUGCGAAAAUUUGUUGAAAUCGGACAGCAGUUUUGACCAGUGGUUUAAACGAGGAACUAAGCGAAGCAGUUCUAGAACAAACUCGUCACCUCUCGCUCGCUGUCGUGUGGGGGUGAGGUGCGCAUUUGUGAGCGAGUGUGUGAGGAGAAGCAACGCUAGUGUUGGAGCAGCUGGUGCGGAAACCCCGUGCGAGGAAGUGCGAAAUUCAAACACACGUCGAACGAGCGAAGAGCGCUGAAGGUUGUGUUCGGAAAAUAAAACGAACCAAGAAGGAAAAUCUGACGGAAAAAGAAGAUCACCGUUUCGAUGUCGCAACAGGAACAGCCACAACAAUCUCAGCCAACGGUGCGGCAUAUUCCGAUUUUCGUCGAAGGACGAUCGGAGCCGUUGGUGAAUAAGAUUCCGGAGAGUCAGCCAAGUAACAAUUCAUCUACCAGCUCAAUGCCGGAACCACCACCGAUGGAGAUGCCGUCUCACAAUACCAGUGAUUUUUUUAAACAUGGAUCUAUAUUUGACCGUACCCGAGACUUCCCAGUACGAACAUUUCCAAAUUCAACGUUUUUCAACAAGAGCAGCCCAGCCAGAGAGUCAUCCCCGGCUAGACAAGUUCCUAUCUUUACCGAUGGUGGAUUUACCGCGACAACAGUGCCUCUUUCACAACAACCGCCCUCUCGUGGCUCUUCUCAGCCACGACAAAUGCCUUCGCCUCAAUGCUUUCAACAGCAACCGCAGCAGGAACAGGAAGCUAAACAGCAAGCAUCCGCUGCCCAAGAUCAGACAGAUUCACAGCCAAAACCGCCACCAGCGCCAACCCAACCAGCCGCCAAUGAUCCGAUUAGCAAAAUUCAAAAGAUCCAGCGAGAUGUGCUGGCCAUUUUUGAUCAAGUUGAACGGUUUCAGGGUGGAAAGGAAGGUAAACGGGACAAAACCUACAUCUAUUUGGACGAAAUGCUGACACAGAAUCUUCUGAAGCUGGACUCGAUUGACGCCGAGGAUCAGCCGCAAAUCAAAUCCGCUCGUAAAGAAGCUAUCAAGAGUAUAAACCACUGUAUUGCCGUCCUGGAAGCCAAAGCGGAAGCCGGCGUCGAGCGAACUAAUAGCAACGAAAAGGUGCCUAAUGGGACGACAGAUCGGACUGGUUCCGGUGCUUCGCUGUCCCAUUCUUCGUCCAACCAAUCUAGUCAACAGGGGCUGCAGCAGCAGUAAGAUAUUCGGAACUAUUGCUAUCUAGGGUUUUGUUCUUCGAGGUGAUACUUUCGCCGGUUGUCUUUUUCGUUCCAAAGUCGGUUACCUUGAACACGCAUUUUAUAAGGUAAUCGAAUCGGCAGCAUACCCAAACAAUAUCGACAUGACCAGUUAAUGCUAAAAAAAAAGAAAUCAAAAGCAAGAAAAAAAAUUACAGCUGACGUAAAUAAUGAACGAUAGAUAUGCAAGGAUGUGUGAAUGUUUACGAAACAGGUUUAUUUUUCAAAUUCAUAGACAAAUUUACUAACAAAACAUAUGAUUCAUCGGUUUGCUUUCGAAAUGUGUUCGACCAGUGAAAGUAUUGUUCAAGUAAGUUUGCAGCUUCUUUCGUAGUUUCAUAUUUAAUGUGUAAAUUUUAGUUCUUUUUGUAUUCUCUGUAACUCAGUGGUUCAGAUUUGUGAAUUUGUCCGUUUUUAAGGAAUUUAUUUAAAAAAGCGUGUAUAUAAAGAGACGGGUUGUCGAGCUCAUUCCUGUACAAUGAAUUUUCAAUUUUUUUUUGUGACGACUAGAAUUUUUUCGCCUUCGAUUAUAAACAUUCGAAGUUUUUGUCUUCGAUCAUAGUUUAAGUUUGGAAAACCGCAGUAUAUUUCAAACAGUGCAUCCAGUGUCUUUUGCAGUGCAAGAAUAAACCAAAAGAGAGGCUCUAAAUAUACUGUAGUUACUCUGCAUGUUAAUGAUGUCAUACUAUAAUAUCUCAAAGAUUGCAGUGAUGGUCGGAUACCAAAAUACUAUCUUUUACAUUCAAUUGACUUUUAAUUGCGUUCAGUUUUCAAACAAUAUUUUUCACAAUUUAUUCCGAAUAUUCAAUACCUUUGUUGUAUGACACUUCGCGAUGCACUACCAGAAUAUUUACUUGAAUUCAUUCAUAAAUAACUAAUUUAAAAUUCUAAAUUCAGAAGAAUACGAGCAAGUUGUGACUGAGUACUCGCAGCGAAUUUAUACAAACAUGCUACCCAGCUAAACCAAUGCACCUAUAGGAAAAUGUACUAUUUAUUUUGUUCGUCUCAUAACUUCCUUCCGCUUCGUUUGUGAUUGCCAUCAGUUAAGAUGUCAAGACCCAUCAUUUACGGACUCAGACUUCGUUCAAAUUGUUCUAGGGUAAUGCAUACAACGUAGAGAGAUAGGCCAUCUAGAGAAAGAAUAAAUUAAUACAAUAAUAUAAUCAAAAUAAUUGACUUGAAAAAGGUAAGCGUAAAACAUAAUAAAAAAACUCACAUUUAGUUUUAGUGAACAAUAA